GAGGUAACCACAAAAUAAGCAAAUACAAUCCAAUAAGUUCUAUAUUAAACAUUAAAAUCAAAGAACAUUUAUCAUUUUUGCUUUAUUGUGAUACUUCCUGUUGUGCCCUCGGCGGGGCUACUGACUUUGCGUAAUAUAUCAAUGAAGCUGAGGAUACCAAAGUCAACAUUGGUCGAUCGUAUAAUAAAACUAAUUUUCAUACUAGAAGUAAUACGAUAUGCACACACACUUUAAAAGUAGGCAUUGUAACUGAAAAUACAAACUUCAAGUAGGAGCUAUCUAUAUUAGAUGUAUGUGAAGUUAACUGCAUCAAAAUACAAGGACUGAACAAAUUAUUAAAAUAUCAUUUCCUGAAAAAGAUUUAUUUUAGCUAAAAAAAAAUGAUCCCGGAUGAAAUAUUUGGAAAAAAUGGAGACAACUCCGCAAAGACUUUAUGAUAGGCUUAGGUGACUAUUGACCUAGAACCUCAUGCAAACUACCCACUUUUUACCUCUAAUCAUCAAAAAGCAUGCAUACUUGCCACAUGGAUUAGCAACCUGAAUACAAAACUAUGUAGAGAUCAAAUAAUUGAUUGCCCUGGGGAAAGUAGGACAUUUUUUGUGGUGAAAUUUGUCAACAAACAGACGAUUUUUUUUUAAAAAGUCAAAACCCAUAGAAUUUCACAAGGUGAAAUAUGUUGAAAAGGCUACUGCUGGAAAGAGAAUAAUCUCAACUACUCAUACAUAUGCGUCAAAGUAUGGGAAAAUAUCUAGAAAUAUGAGAAAAUCGAAGAAAUCAAUUUCGAGACUGUUAGAUGCAUAACUGUGUAAUCAUACAUGGCAUUUAUCAUAGAUAGGUUACUUUUCCUUUGCACUGAUAUAACAUGGGCAGGAUUAGGAUUAAGAAACGGUGGUCGCUCAACAAUUUCACUAUAUAAACGGAUUGUUUCCCUUGUGUAAAGAAAGCUUAGGGUAAGUCUCUAUUAAAAGUAUUGUAAUCAUGUUGUUUUCUUUAAGAUUCCACACAACAAGAAGUCAAAAUCAUUCAGGAAAAGAAGUCUUGGAACGAUGCUGCUAAAUUGUGCUUUCAGCAAAAACGUUAUCCAACCCGGUUUGUAGACAUAAGUCAAAUCACUGACGAUAAAAAAUACUUUUGGACUGGGGUAGUACGCAGUGGUGUUAUUUCCAAAAGUACCGAAUUGGGUAACAUUUCGUCUGACAUCAUGUAUGGAUAUAUGACAUAUAACAUUUCUUCCGGAUAUGUUCUGAAGUUCACACAAGAAAACGAUAAAAAAUAUAUUCUUUGUGAAAAUGCAACAGUCACGAUGAAACCAAAUACACCGAUGAGCACAUCAAUAACAACAACACAAGAAUAUCAGCCGACAACCAGCCGCAAUGACAGCAGUGACAAUAGUACAAAUACCCAAAGUUUAGGAGCCACUGUUAUUGUGAUUGUCUCGGUUUCUGUUGUGAUGCUUAUUGUUAUUGUGGUUGUCAUUUUGAUUCAAGUAAAACGGAAGAAAAUUCCUUUCCUUUGUAAAAGACAGCUAAUAACUGAAGAACCAGGACAGAAACACUUAAAAAGUACAAACAAUCCAGCCUCUCAAGAAAAUCAUUCUUAUGAACUCGUUGAUGUUGAGGAUAAUGUCAUUGGUGGCCAGUUUGCUGAUACUCACACUUACAAUGUGUUGGAGGAACACGUAAAGGAUUCUAUCACUGAUGAUACAACAUACGACGUGUCUGGUGAUAAUAGGAAAACUACUGAAAUGGAGAACGAGAAUAUUUAUAAUAAGUUAAAACCAGACGACUAUGCCACAUAUGAUCAUGCAUACAAUAGAACAAAACAUGGCUUACAAACACCUGAUAUCACUUAUGGCACGUCGGGGAAUGCUGGUAUGAAACCGCUGGCAAGAGCUGCUAAAAACUCUGAUGCAUUUGAUGAAAAUGGUGAGAAUGCAUACAGUCAUACACUAGAUAAUAGACCGCAUAUGACUACAACGGAUAAUGUGUAUAGCGCACAUGGUCAAUCUGGAAUUGACACUAGAAAUACUGGUGAAGGUCAUAACGACACAGAAGACGCUUACAGUCAUAUAAACAAUGCAACAAACGCCAAAAGCAAGCAGGAUAUUGCUUAUGGCAAAAUUACUGAAGGUAAUCUAAAAGAAAAUUCAGAAGGAGAUUACGAUGUCACGGACGAACAGAGUUGCAGUCCAAAUGUUGAUAACGAGUAUUAAAUAACUCAGUAGUCGGAACGAUACAUUGAUAUGGAAAAAAUGUUUCUAUCUUGCAAAAAAAAAAAAGAAAGAAAAGAAAAUAGAUUUAAAGCUGUCACAUGCGCCUGAUGCUUCUCUAAUAGCUUUGAUAAAUGAACAACGUCAUAUAUUUUGUAAUUUUUAUGCGCUUUACAUAAGUAAUUUAGAUAGCGUAAGUGUUGAAAUUGCAAAGCUGUUACUUGAACUGAAAACCGCCGUCCAUGCGAUAUCUACCGCAUGCUUGAAUUCGCUUUAUGUCUGAAUUUAUACUAACCCGUGAUAUAUUUUGCAUUGUGUUGCUAUGUACAUAUGUUUCUGUUUUAUGAUAGUAUAGAAUGUUAACGCAGGAAAGCAGUUGACCACAAGUCUUAUAAAGUUUAUAAUAAACUUUAAUGUUUCAUAUUACAUUGCGACAUUUCAGACUCUCACAUCUUCAUAGCUAUAAGAUACGUAGCGGAUGUUAGAACCGCAGUCAAGCCCGGACAUAAACUGGUAUCAUAAUGUUUGUCCGGAUUCGGUCAAAAGCUCUCCUAUGUUGGUAUUUCGUUAAAGUUUUCAAUUUAAGAUACCGAUUGUACCAACUUUUCAAUAACAGACGAAAAACAUUAUUUCAUAAGGAAAAAAUAAAAUGCUAGCAAAAACGAAAAGGAAAGGAAAAAAUAACUCAGAAUUUAAUAAGUCAUGAAACUUAUUUCAGAUCAGAAGUUUUCCUCUGGAUACCGAAAGACGCAUAUGAAACUUUGCUUUUUAUGAGUAAGACUUACAGCCUACAAAAAAUGAGCUGUAUUUAAUUAAUAUUUCAAAGUGAAGUUCACUUGCCUACAUCAUACCAUAUUUUCUCUGUAUAGUAUGUAAUACUGUUAUCUUUUAUCUUGUAUGCAUGUUCGACAGUAAAAUAUACAUGUAUAAGACACUUUGCCUAAAUUAUUUGUUUUGGAUUAAUGUUCAUUCUGUCUCAAAACUUAAGAUCAAGAUAGUUUGAUAAAGGCUAAAACUGUAAUGUAAUGUAAUGACGUAGUAAAUAUAAAUAUUAAACGGAGAAUUAACUAAUUCCCGCCACAAUUUCUUUUUGUUGUUUGGCUUUUUACACACGUAAACAUUUUCAGUCGCCGUUAUUAAACUUAUGUCAGUAUACCGAUAGUAUCGUCUACAGGCUUCAGAUUAAAAGAUUUAAAAUAAUAUUAGUUUCUUUAUUUGUUCAAUUUCAAAUAAAAACUAAUCCGUGUCCUUUAUUUAACAUCUUUCAUUUUUCAAGGAUCCUUAUCAGAUUAAAAACACAUUACGGUUCUUAACAUGAUCAUCUAUUGUUUUAUCUUUUUACUGUCCGCGAUAAUGCCGUUCAUGUAAUUUAAGGUGAUUACAUCUCAAGAUAUGUUAGUGCUCCGUCAUCUUGGACUAUUCUAGCAUCAACUGGAAACGUGACAUCCGGGUCAUAAUUUUACCCUAAAACGAUUAUUUAUAACGUAUCUCCUCCUGGAGAAUGAUAACAAUGUCUUACCUCCAAGGGCUUUACGUCGUUUGAAUAAGUUUGCCUGAAUAACUAGUUACUGUCAACCAUCAUUCACACGCAGACCGGCUAACAAUUGUGUACACUUUAUCUACAUAUCUACUAUAUGUAACUGUUUUUGAAGAAAAUUUUAUAAUGAUGUGCCUAUGGUAUAAGUCAAAUAAAACACUUUAGAUAUUUUUCUGGUCCGUUUUGUUGUGUUGUUUAUACAGUAUAUAUAUAUAUAUAGGCAUUUAUACAAAUCAAACAUAGAUGUACUUAAAUCAGAAUUUCUGAAAAAACGUAAGGAUGAAUGUAAUUGUGUCCCAAACACCCCUUUUUCUUUUCGUUUUCUUGUAGCAAACGUAUAGCUUUCUUGUGGAAAAUAGGUCUACGACGAAGUGAAAAUAUAUAAACUGUAUCAAAAUUGAUCUGAAGUAGCUCAAUUUUAUUUGAAACAAAGAACAAUUUCUUUUAUUGGUAUAUAUCCAUAAAUCGAGAGGUCGCGGCGUAUCCCGUGUGGAUUUAAUGUUAGAACAAUGUUUAAAAACUUUGGACUCGGGAAAUAGUUUCUACUGUUUUAACUGUAACAACAGAAUGACGUAAGUAAAUGAAAGAAACAAUAUAUGUAUUACUAGAUUGCAUUUGAAAAAUAUACUUCUUCGUUCACAGUGCUAUUUUUUGAAUAACAUACUUGAAUUUAUAAAUAUCUGAAGCAACAAACAGAAAAGGUAGGAAAUGUAAAAUUUCUAUAUUAGUUUCCCAUGGGCAAUGUCCGAUGAAAUGCAUGUAUCUCCUAUGACAACGUGACGUAUGUAGAAAUUGCUGUGACAUUUGGAUUGUUCCACCUCUGUACAACAUCAUAACCAUGUGAGUUGAUUAGCAAUUGUAAACUAAAGCACUGUUAAUAAAGGUUUAUAGACUCGAUUGAAGAAGCAAAGUAAAUAGGAACAUCAACAACUGUAAACUGGUCUGACUUUGGUCCUUUCAUAUAAUCUAAUUUAAAAUCGUUUAAUAUAGACACACCCUGUAUGAGUGUGCAAAGAAUCAUAAAUUAUCUUUCCCGACACCGGGAAUAAACUUAAAGUGAAGUACGAGAAAUUAAUUGUUUGUUUCAUGUGUGAUUACUGUCGCCUGUUUUUUUUACAUUACAAUAAAAUCAUACAUUAUUUUUUUUAAUCUUUGCAAUUUUUUGAAACAAGUUUUCCCGCCACAUAUUAGAAACAAAUAAUUUACGAGCCUAUAAUCACAUGAAAGGGAAAAAAAGCAUUUGAAUGCUUCGGCUAUCUUGACAUGUUUUGCGUUUUUUUCAAGACAGCUGUGCGUUUCUUCGACUUAUUCCUUAUUUCUGCACACGACAAGACAAAUGUAUACGUUAGUGCGAAACCAUCACUGUUCUUAUGAUACGACAAAAUUAAAUUUUGCAGCAUUAAAAAUUAAAAUCAAUGAUUUCGUCUGGUGGCGAAAAUUAUAUCAACCGACAAAAUCACUUAUACACUCUUACGAAGACAUCCUUAAAACAUCCGUAACGAUUAAUUAUUAACGACACUUGUUUUAAAACUUCCUUGUAGUUUUAUAAACCGUCCGAAGUGAUGUUGCAAACGAAAUGAUUUCCGUGUAAAAACAUGGACGUGUAUUUAUGUUUUCCUUUGGUCUAUUUUUCAUGUAUCCAAGGUAAUGAUUUUAAAUAAUUGAUAUAAUUUUAAUGUUUAACUGCAAAUGUUUUGUAUGGCAUGUCAAACGUUACUAAAUUAUAUAAUCUAUUUUUUGUUAUUGUAUGUCUUUUAUUGUUAUUCAAUGUAGUGUCAUUCAUAUUCUAAAUUUUGAUAUUGUUAUUGUAUAUGUCAUUAUUCUUAUUGUAUGUUCGAAAUUCUUACGGUAAUAGUCAUUAUUGUUAUAUUUCGUUAUUGUUAUUGUAUCUUUGAUAUUGCUAUCCAAUGUCGUGUCAUUCAUAUUCUAAGUCUUAUCAUUGUUAUUGUGUAUGUCGUUAUUCUUAUUGUAUAUUCGACAUUCUUAUGGUAAAAGUUAUUAUUGUUAUUCUAUAGUUCGUUAUUGUUGUAUCCUUGAUAUUGGUUUUCAAAAUUGUGUCAUUCAUAUUCUAAGUCUUAUCAUUGUUAUUGUAUAUGUCGUUAUUCUUACUGCAUGUUCGAUAUUUUUAUGGUAAAAGUUAUUUUUGUUAUUCAAGUGUGACCUUGACCUUUGAGGUAGGGGUCUGGGUUUUACGCAUGACAAGUCGACGUCGUCUGAUUAUGGAGAGCAUCUGUGCCAAGAAAUACUAAAAUCCCUUGAUGAAUGACAGAGUUAUGAUCUUGACACGAAAUAACGAAAAAGCCCAGUUUACCUUUUACAAGUGUGACCUUGACCUAUGAAAUUGGGGUCCGGGUUUACGCAUGACACGUCGUCUGAUUAUGGGGAACAGUUUGCCAGGUAAUAUCAAAAUUCGUUGAUGAAUGACAUAUUUAUGUACUGGACACGAAAUUGCGGACGGACGGAAUGACGGGCGGAAUGAUGAAUACAAUAACAAUAACGAAAUAUAGAAUAACAAUAAUGACUUUUACCAUAAGACUGUUGAACAUACAAUAAGAAUAACGACAUGUAGAAUAACAGUGGUAAGACUUAUAAUAUGAAUUACAUGACAUUAAAUUGAAUAAAAAUAUCUGAGUUACAAUAACAAAAACGAAAUAUAGAAUAACAAUAAUGACUUUUACUAUAAAAAUAUCGACCAUACAAUUAGAAUAACGACAUAUACAAUAACAAUGGUAAGACUUAGAAUAUGAAUGACAUGACAUUGAUUAACAAUAUCAAAGAUGCAAUAACAAUGACGAAAUAUAGAAUAACAAUAAUAAUGACUUUUACCAUAAGAAUAUCGCACAUAGUGUUGUGCAGUGAAAAAUAAAAAAAAAUCUUUAAAAGAUCAGAUAGCACAAAAAUAUAUACCUUUUAACAUAGAAACUACAAUAAGGAUAAAUUAUUCAAUAAGUUUAUGUUGCUUAAAUUUUAAAUAACGAAAAUUCUUUAUGUUUUCAUUACACUUGUCAAAACUUUAUUGUUGUCUCAACUUUGACAAUUUAUGCACUUUAACCUUUAAAGUCCAGAAUGUGCUAAAAGGCUUCUAAAUGUAUUUGUGAUAAGGUCAUUGUGACUGACUUGAUAAUCUAAAUGUUAAGAUUCCUGUCUGACAAGGUGUUGAUUGCUGUCAAAAGUUCUUGAUAUUUCAAAUACUAGUAAUUUUAUUACCAUGUACGCUUUCUUGAAUUUGUUUGGUUUGUACUUUUAAUUACAAUAAUAACAAGGGUCAUUUUAAUUGGUCAGUUAUUGUAUAUUUAGAGAAAAUAUAUUUUGAAGACAGCAGGUUUAAAAAAGAGAAUAGAUUUGGAUUUCCAAGUAGAAACAUUGUGGUUUUCCACUAGAACUAAAAUUGUUAAUACUUAAAUCUUUUUUUUUAAUUGUUAUAUUUUAUGGAUAUCCGUGUGAAAACUGUUAAUUGUUGACUGUUGAUGUGUGGUUUAAAUUUCCACUAAAGUAAAAUAAAGAAGAUAAUAUGGAAUUGUGUUUUAUUAUUUGGACAUAAUAAGUAAUGCAGUAGUGCCAUUAUAUUUUAUAACAUUCCAUCACAUAUUUUACGGCAUUACACAUAUAAGAAUUACUACAUAUACAAUAACAAUAACCAUUUUCGAAAAUGACGAAUGACACGACACUGAAUAGCAAUAACAAACAUACAACAAUAACAUACGUUUAUAAUUUAGCAACGUUUGACAUGCUAUGGUUUUGUACAUAAAGAUGAAAUAUUCUAAUGUAAAAGCAAAUGGUUCGGGUAGGAAUGAUGUUAUAGGCACACUUAAAAUGUACAAAAGAUUUUGUAUUCAUUAAAAAAAGAUAAUUCAGA